AUGACGAAACGUGUGGUUGUGGCUUCCGGCUACUUCAACCCUUUGCACUACGGGCACGUUUCCUACCUGGAGAAGGCCAGGGAUCUUGGAACAAGCCUGAUCGUGAUUGUCAACAACGAUGGUCAGGCACGGCGUCGAUCCAAGAAGCCACAAGGAGGAGACAUGACGCUCCCUGCGCGCGAGCGGGUGAAGUUGGUCAGGUCCCUUCAGUGCGUGGAUGCCGCCGUUGAGGCGGUGGACGAGGACGACUCCGUGGCAGAGACCUUGCAGCUGCUGCAUCCGGAUAUUUUUGCAAACGGGGGCGGGCAGACCCCGACGAAGCAAGAAGUCCAGGUUUGUCAAAGGCUGCGUAUUCAGAUGGUGGAUGGCUUGGGUAUCCAGCUCCUGUCGCUUGCGCCGUUCACCCAGCACUACGAUUGGGGCAAGCCGCGAAACGAAAGCAUUAUAGCUGCACUUACCGGUCAGCAGAGUCCACAUCUGGUUGACGAGCCAGAUGCCCGAAAGCCGUUUGCAGAAAUGUGGAUGGGAGACCACCCAUCGGGACCGGCACGCGUGGUCAGUCCAGGAACGAGCCCUCGAAAUGCGGACAAAGUGGUCCAUCGCAGCACUUCUUUGCAGGAGGUGUUUCACAAGACUCCUUCAGUCUUGGGAACACACCUGCAAGAUUUGAAGCAACUGCCCUUUCUGCUUAAAGUCCUGUCCAUACAAAAGGCUUUGUCCAUACAGGCGCAUCCGGACAAAGAUCUCGCAUCUCGCUUACAUCUGGAAAAGCCGCACAUAUACAAGGAUCCGAAUCACAAGCCAGAAAUUGCGAUAGCCUUGACGGAUGAUUUCCGGGCCCUGUGUGGUUUCCGAACAGUCUCUGAGAUUGUUCAAAUCUUGGAGUAUGUGCCAGAAGCCAGCACCAUUAUCGGGAAGGACUGCCACGAGAGUCUGAAAGCUGCCAUUGGAGACAAGGAGGCAGAGUCGACGGCUCUCCAGAGUGCGUACACGCGGCUGAUGCAUGCAUCUGAGAAGGAGAUUACGGAUCAGCUGGAGCUGCUUCAAGCUCGAGCCAAGCCGCCGCCAGAUGCACCUACAAACAUUCAGGAUCUCUUCGAGCUGAUAGGUACCUUGCAGAUGCAGUACGAGAACGACGUAGGCAUAUUCGCCGCCAUGUUCAUGAACUAUGCCCGCCUCAAAGUAGGCGAAUGCUUGUACAUGGCACAGAAUGUCCCGCAUGCAUACAUCUCGGGAGACAUCGUUGAGUGCAUGGCUUGCUCGGACAAUGUCGUCCGCGGUGGAUUGACGCCGAAGUUCAAGGAUAUCGAGGUCCUGUGUAGCAUGUUGCGCUACGAAGGUGGAGCUCCAGCCACGGUGAAACCCACAGAGUUGGAGCCGGGUAUCCGACUCUAUGCCGAUCCUGACAUCGAGGAGUUCCAAGUGAUACACCUACACUUGGAAGUCGGAGGUCGACAACAUCGGCUCUUCAGUAGCGAGGGGCCUGCAAUGGCUCUAAACCUCAAAGGUCACGGCACCGUAACGAUUUCGGGUGAGACGCGGGACAUCGGUCCUGGCAAGGUCUUCAUGUUGGCAGCAGGAGUGGAGCCCGAAAUUCAUGCGAAGACUGAGAUGGACGUGUUUGUCGCCUGCUGUCCUCCACAGUACUUCCAGGCUCCACACUUCUCCCCGAUGCACAAGUAA